UAGCGCACUCUAGUGGACAAAUUUGCACCGCUACUAUGGCAACUGCUUAUCAACAAUCCGCCGUAGGUCCGGCGGUAGAAAUGUCUCAGGCUGGUGCGGAAACCCUGCUUAAAACCGUAAUCGGGCACAUUGUGCACGAGUGCAGGCUGAGGGGACAUGCGGUGUCGGAGACGCUGGCAGCUUUUAUGGUGUCUGCUGUGGUGCUGGACCCAAGAAAUGGCUUUAAUGUUGACAGGACCCUUACUAAAGAUGAUGUUCAAAAACUCGAAGAGCUGUGUCUGGAUAAACUCACAGAAAAGUGCAGCCCAUCACUUGACACUAUCAAAAUGCAGGUGUGCUUUGACAUGAAUUAUACCACGAAAUGUGAGUUUCUUGAGGAUAUCCACCAGUCAGAAGAGUCCAAGCUGAGUCCACUGUGCAGAGAGAUCACUGACAACAGGGUGAAAUCAAGGAAGGAAUUAGAUGGCCUUUACCAGAAAAUCACCACUUAUAUCCUGCAGCGCUCUGCUAUGGGUUCGCCUACAGAUACCAACACUAUGGAAGAGGCUACAGCUGUCCUGCAGAGCGUCUUCCCUCAGGCUGAACUGGGAAACUUUCGAGUGGCCUUAAAGAGAGACCAGGAGCAGCAGCUCAAAGAACUCACCAUGAUUGUUACUGGGAUCCGACUCUUCAACAAAGCCAACAAGAGGGGUGAAGAGGAGGUUGACAUCCAUGAACUAAUGCCUGCAGUUCUUCAAGAGGCUCUUCCAGUCACCAGUAAAAGCAUAGCAAAUGAGCUGUGUGUGACACAGACUUUGGUGUUCAAGUACACUGCUGUGCUGGAGAAGCUAACAAGCUCUGAUGUUCAGCUGGGACAUUCUGACAUGCCCGUUAUUCUCCUCAAACAGGCUUUGUACAAUGCCAGACAGCAUGAAGUUUUCCUAAAAAUGUUACUGGCUGAUGCAAAUUCAUGUGCUAAGCAUGUUGAAACCCUGCUGAGUGACGUCUCAACACAGAUGAAGCUGCUAAAAGAAACUGUGCAGUCAAAAACAGCAGCACCAGCUGCAACAGUUUUCCCAUUAUUCAAGAUACUGUCAAAGUUAUGGUUUGAACUUCGGGAUGAGGGUGAGUUCCUGUACAUGCUCAAUAAAAUCAUGCUCAGACUCCAGCCCUUCUCUGCCUCCCAGGCCAGGAUUUUCUCUGAAGCAUAUCUAGAAAGUCUGUUGGAGGACUCAGAGGUGAAGACAGACGAACAGAGAAUGCUUGAGUCUUCAGAUAACUGCAUUGAUCCAGCUUCCCUGAAGACACAGGAAUGGCUUUUUCCUGAAACAACAGUCAAUUUUGAGGAAAUGCCCCUACAGUAUAAUGGAUUCUGUGGCUACACACUUGUAACCAGAGAUGGCCUUCUACUUCCAGGUAAUCCAUACAUCGGAGCCCUGAAACACAAGGAGAAGCUCUAUGUUUUUACCUCCAAAGAAGCUGCCAUGAAGUUUGCCCUUAGUCCAGACAGCUUUGUUGCAGAGGUUGCAGAAAAAGCCAAAUACUCCCCUGAACUCAUUCAGCUCCUCAAACUCCACCAACAGUUUUCCUGUAUUAGUCCAUACUCUGAUGUGAGCAGACUCUCACAGACCCAGCCAAGAAAGGGUUUACCGGUGAAGCCAGGUAUAAAAUGUGAGUGUGGCACUCAGACUGAAAUUCACCCUGUGGAGAAAAACAUUGUCAAGUCAUAUGAGUGGAAUGAGUGGGAGCUUAGACGAAAAGCUCUCAAAUUGGCCAAUCUUCAGACCAGAGUUACCGUUUCAGUACAGACUGACCUGAGUCACAUGAGGCGGGAAAAUGUCACUCAGACCUGGCUUCCUAAGAAUGCUGCCAGUCAAAGCAAGAGAGAUGGUGCAAGCCAAGUGCCUAAACCUCAAACCUUUGUAGCAGGUCUGAGAGGACAAAGGGGUGCACAUGUUGUCAAAGCAAACCUGACCAGAUCUGUGGAUGAUUAAAGAGAAAUAGUUAACAAAAUAAAAGUUGAUGUAAGAAUC